AAAAGCCUGCAAGCCUCCGUUCCUCAAUUCGCCGUUCCUCAAUUCGUCGUUCCUCAAGGUAGGGCCAGACCUGCUAGCGUGCCCACCCUACACCCCAGCGUCAACGUGGUCAAAUCCUACCCUAGAGAAGAGCUCCCGUACAAGGAUUGCGUUCCUUUGCCGCGCUCGCCCAAUCCUGACGUGAAGAUAUGUGUGUACCCCAAACAGGACGAUAUCUACGUCUCCAAAACUCUGAAGGGAGGACGGCUGUUUGAGAGUGACCUGGUUCUCCAGAUGGCGCAGGCACUAAAGGCUGACCCAAGCCUUCAGUUCAUCGACUUUGGCGCCAACAUCGGGGUGUACACCAUGUUCGCUGCCGCCUGCGGGAAGACAGUCCUGUCUGUGGAGAUGUUGCCCGCCAACAUUCACCAGAUCCAGAACUCACUGGCGGUCAGUGGACUCAGCGAACAGGUCACGCUGGUCAACAACGCUCUGUUCAGUGACCACCGAUCGCUCACGGCCAACUUCAUCAGAGAAAACGUCGGAGCGACUCACCUGAACGUAUCUAAGACAAACUUUGCCAGGUACGGCAUGAAGGAAGACAACAGCCACACAGUAACAGUCAACACCAUCUGUAUCGACGAUCUCAUUCCCCUGCUCAAGUUGCGAAAAGUCUUCAUCAAGAUCGACAUCGAGAGGACGGAAGCCAGGGCACUGUCAUGCGCACACAAGUUCUUUGACGAGGUCGACGUCAGAAUCAUCCAGAUGGAGUGGCUCGCCAAAUCGCAAGAAGAAAUUACCAGCAUCAACCAAUUCAUGCUCGAACACGGCUUUACAGCGUCCAGAACUGCUUUAAAAUAUACACCCGUGAAUACGAAUGUAGCUACCACUCCAGGCAGUAAUGUUUUCUUUAUAAGGGUAUGAAUGUUUACCAAAUGAAUUAUUGUAUGUUCAUUGUUUGAUUUUUGAGACAGAAGUGUGAGCUUGCAGGUUUAAAUGUAGCAUAGAAGAUUGAAUACCCUUGACAAAUUCUGCACAUGACUCUUACGUAAACGCGACUCAUUUAGUUUACAUUGUCAUUACGUUUGGUUUGCCGAUGGAUGUCAUCAUCAUUGUUAUUAUUUCUGUUGUUGGUGUUGCUGCUGCUGCUGCUGCUGUUAUUGUCUUUAUUGUUGUUGUUUUUGUACAUGUAUCAUUGGACUGCUGUUUUUGGUUUGGUUCUACUAAAAAGGAAAUACUCAGUGUCACUUUGUGGAGAGUGACAAUGACAGGGAGAAUAGUGGUGACAGUGACAUUACCAUUUUCUCUUGACCAUUUAUCUCUAAAUAAACGACAUGUUGUGUCA